UCACUCCUCCACGGCGCAGGAUCUCUCCAUCGCUUCCGCGGAAGAACGUCUCUGCUGUCCCACUAAAGAUGGAGCUGUCUGCGGCAGGGGACCGAGUGUUUGCCGCUGAGGCCAUCCUGAAGCGCCGCAUCCGUAAGGUCAGUGUGUUUAUUAUUAACACUCGUGUUAUUUCCUUUCACUGCGGCCUACAUACGCACUAAACUUCAGCCCUGCGGACCCAGCGCAGUGCACUGAACUGCAACAGAGCACCAUGCUUUCCUAUGCAAUCAUAAAACCGCUUGUAUUACGCGCAGUUGUGUAUGCAAUCAUUUUUUAGGGCACUAAUUUGACUUAGAGUUGCUCGUUUUCGAGCUCCGUGUAUUGUGUAAGGUCGUUUAGGUUGGAGCAGCGCCAGCUGGAACUGGUGCUGUUAGCGCAUUAGCUUUUUUGUGUCUGCCCGGAGUGCAAAUUUUUGACAAAGGCCGGUUCGUCUGACACCCCAUCGACACUGCAGGCGUGCAGCGCGACGCGACGCUUUCCAACUAGAACGCUAGCACUAUCGCUUAAGUUGAGGAGCUCUUUACAGUGCGUUAAAAUCAGUCAAACAGCGCAUUUCGCGCGUGUGCAGGAUGAUAGUUUCGUAAAUUUAUAAUGGAAUGUUUACGUUCUAUAGACUAUCUGUGGCGUCGCGUCGCGUAGCAACCACUCGUUAUUGCGUUCGACUCGCUGUUUGUUUUUGUUUUCAGUGCGACCGGCGAUUUUUUUUCUUCAGGGACGGGACGGAUGGAGUACCUAGUGAAAUGGAAAGGAUGGGCAAUAAAGUACAGCACGUGGGAACCUGAGGAGAACAUCCUAGAUGAACGACUCGUUGCAGCAUUUGAACAAAAAGAGCGGGAGCAGGAGAUGUAUGGACCUAAAAAGAGAGGCCCGAAACCUAAAACGUUACUUCUGAAGUCAAGAGCACAGGUUGCAGAGACUUCCUCAAGAGUCCCGGAGUUCAAGCACACUCGUCCUCAGCAGCAUUCCAAGCUUCCUCCGCCCUCGGCUGCACCGUCCUACACCCCAACCGCCCCUUCCAACGCUAAACUGCAGUCGGGCACCGCUCAGCCCAAACUGAAGAAAGACAUUCACCGCUGCCAUCGCAUGGCACGUCGGCCCUUGCCCCGCCCAGAUCAUACAGUCGGUCCCUCCAGUCCUUUUUCGUCCCGUCCAACAGUCAGUCCUUUCUCAGAAACGGUCCGCAUUCUCAAUCGUAAAGUCAAACCCAGGGAAGUAAAGAAAGGACGUGUCAUUCUGAACCUCAAAGUGGUUGACAAGGCUGGGAACGGCACAGCUGCUAAUAGUAGAAGGACACACGUACCCUCCUCCCAACAGUCGCAUUUUGGGCGGCAGAAGAUUCCGUCCCGGAACAGGGUGAUUGGGAAAAACAGGCGGUUUGGAGAGGUGUCCUACAGAGGAAUCCAGCCCACCAUUAGAGGUUCUGGGUUUCCUGUUUUCGGGAAACUCUUCGAUUCUCAGUCCCUGAGCAAUGCCGAGAACCAGACUCAAAGUGGAGAGAGUCGUAAUAGCACAACAAACAAUCUCUCUUCCUCCCAAAGUUCAAAGGUGGACGUGUCCAAAAGUCAGACUCUUGAUGAACUGCCUGCGUCAAACUCAAGCUCGGAAGUUUCAGAUGGCGAGCCACCCUCUCCACAACAAACCCAAUCCCAGCAUUCCUCAUUGCCGCCCAAGGCCUCCGCAACCAAGACCCAAGAUCCUGCCCUUCACAAACUCAGCGCUCAACCUGUAGCAUCCAAAAACAGCUCGGCUCCUUCUGCUCUUCCAUCUUCUCCUAUGUUUUCCUCAUCGUCCUCUGCCUCGUCAUCCUCAGAAGACAACGAACACAUCCUGGACCUCUCCGUACCUCAUGAAAUGGACAGGCGAUUGCGGCGACGCCAUCCCUUCUCUGGCCGUCAUCCGCUCAAAGUCCCAGAGGUGCCCGUGUCGGAGGAACCAUCAGAGGAAGAGGAAGAUUUGGACUGGCAUCCUGACAUGACCUCCAAAUGUGCCAAUGUGGUCGUGACGGACAUCACAGCUAACCUCCUCACCGUAACGAUCAAGGAGUUCUGUCAUCCGCCGUCCGCUACCCCUCCUCCCUGCUACCCCAAAAAUAUAUCAGCUCAACACAACACAAAACAGCCAAAGCACCAGCCCAACAAAACAUGAGUGCAGACACCACAGAUACGGCCUCCUCCAGCCUUCAGAAGGGAUUUUAGGAGGUUUGUUAGUAAUUUGUUUACAGUGUCUCAUGGGAGUCUUUGUUAAGAGAUGUGGCCAAGCUGUCCACUCUAGAACACUGUGCCAUGACUUUCAUAACCAUGAAAGUAUGUAUCUGAAUAAGGUUUUUUUUUUUUUUUGCUCACUGAGCACAUGGACUUUUUAAAGGAAGAAUUUGCUCACCAUUGGCUUCUUUAAAGAUGUGCCAAGCAGCUUCCUGUAUGGUAUUUAUUCCAUGUAUAGUAUAUCAUUACUGGUUGGUUGGUUUAUAUGUAUACACUGCUGUUCAAAAGUUUGGUGUUGGUAAGAUUUUACAAACAUACAAACAGUAA